AUGUCACCAGGUGGCCAGACACAUCGCAUGUCGGUGAAUAAUUCAACGAGAUCCUGCGGUAUCAUCCCCCGAGUCAAACUCAUUCCUGAGAUCCGUCUUCUUCUUCUUCCUACUCGGUCAAUUCAAAAAUUUAGAAAAUGGUGAGUUUUCUAAAAUUGCUAUUAAUAUUGAGUGCAUGAUAACCUCGAUACAUUUGAUCAAAAUUUGAGCCUUUGUCAAGUUUUCUAAGUUGGUUAACUUUAUAUUCUUUCUUUGAAGCCAAUAAGGACAGAGAAAAAACUCGGGCUCUACAAAAAUUUGCAAAAUUUUACACAUGUUCCUGUUCCAAAAUAUUCCGCUUUUUAGAGAAAAACAUGACUUUUUCAGUUUGGAUUUAUUCACGAAAGUGUCCGGCAGUUGAUGAUCAGAACCUAUGGCGAAGCUUUCUGGCUGAAAGUUUUGUAAGUUUUUUUUGAUUUUCGAAAUCUAGAAAAGUUGGUUCCAGAGAGCGCGCCGGCUUUGAAUCCGGCAAGGAAAACAUCAUCAAUCAUUACUAUUCCGAUCAAGAUACGUACACGUUGAUCGAUGCCGUCAGUGUGAUUCUCAGUGAGUUGAGGAGGGAAAAAUUUGAAUAACUGUGGUUUUUUUUAAUUUUCAUGUUUGAAUGCAAAAAAAUAUACAGAGAAGAAAAUUGAAUACAAGCUCUGCGGAAAAAAAAUCAUAACUCCAAUCUUCGGAAUUUCAUGAUCGACGCCUCUGACUUUUUUUUCAGUUUUUGAAGCUCUUUCUUCAAAAUUUCGAGCUCUCAAACGUUUCAAAAUUAUUGAAAUGGAAGUUAAAAAAUUUUUCUUCUCAGAAGUACCCAGGGAGCAAGUUUGGGAAAUGUAUGGCUGUUUCUUAAUCCAAUACACGAUGGAAACCGGCUGGGACGACCUCAUCCGUUCGAUGAGUCCCAAUCUCAAGGUAUGCAGAUAGAUCUCCAUUUUCGAUCUACCAUAAUCCGCGAUCGCAGGGAUUUCUGGACAACCUCGACUCUCUCCACUAUUUCAUCGAUCACGUCGUCUACAAAGCCAAUUUGCGCGGACCUUCUUUCAGGUUUCAUUUUUUUGAAGAGUAAAAGUCAGAAUUUUUAUGAAUCUUUAAUUAUUAAGAUAAAUUAGAGCUCCUAUCGAAUUCAGAAGAAUCAAAAAAAAAAACUAACUGAGAAACGUUUUUAAGCUUCCGGUUGAAUUUUUUUAGUGGAACUCUUCUGUAAUACUUUACGACCUCCUUAAUUUAGACCAAAAAAAAUUUUCUCGCAUUAGAUCUGGCUUUUGAGUUAACACGCUGUCUCCGUUAUUCUCAAAAACAACGGGUACAAUAAAAAAAAAUAUUUUUUGAUUCCGACGAAACCUCAUCCAUUGUGAUAACCCAUCGUCAAGAAUGCGGACACAACUUUUUGAGCCAUCUCCUCUUACUGUAGCCGGGUUACGGUAGCCAGGUAGGCACCUGCGUAUCUCACUAUUGAAGAGUUUUUAGUAGACAAGUGAUAUAUCAAUCGAUAGGUAAUCCAAUUUUUGAAAAAUUUUUUUACAGUACAUACUAUCUUAGGUUACUGUGGGAAAAUUUUGAGUUACGGCACUUUUUGCGUCUGCCGAGUUAGUUUUUCGACCACCACGAGCUUGAGCCGGGAGAUCCAUUCUUCCUAGCUCCUCAAAAGAUACCUUAUGAGAAGCUGUACAAGCUGGUAUUAGUUUGAAGAAAUCCUAGGUGGACCAUCAUUUCGAAAAAUCUCCCCGAAAGCGCGCAAUCGUGGUCUUGCGGCGGCCAAAUGGGGAAGUCCAUGACGCCUGACGGCUCAUUCUUCACAGAUCCAUUCUAAACUUUGUUUCCAUUUCACCUUUAGAUAUCUAUUAAUGGUUUUUUAUUAAAACUUGAGAUGAUUUCAGGUUGACCAUCAUCUCGAAAUUUCAUUUUGAACCCAAAAUUGGCCUGAAAAUGGCCUGCUCGCCUUUUUCCACGGGUUCCCUGUCCCCAGCUGAGAAAGUUCUCAACUUUUUUCUUCCUGAAACAUGAACAAGAGUGUCUGAACAACAGUUUUAUAACGAUCGGAAACCAUUUUGAAAGGACCAUCAUCUCGAAAUCUCUUUUUGAACCCAAAUUUGGCUUGAAAACUUUUGGUUUACCCUUCCAAUGAGAUUAUUGGUUCCAUCAAUACAGAUCUUGGCCCUUUUUCACUUUUUUUAAAAAAAGAAUAUAAACAUGAGAACUGAAAAUAAAUUUUUAUUUUUGGACCAAUUCCAAAAUGACUGUUUACCUGGGAAACCCACUUUUUAAAUAAAAAUUUUUGCUUGAAAAUCGGAAUAUCACAAAAAAAUAGUCACAAGACAAAUGUCUUGUUUUUUUAGGUAUGAAAAAAAUUCUGAAGAUUCAGAACUACUAUUUAGGUUAUAAUAAAAAAACAUUAAUAAAACAUCAUCUUGAAAGUUAAGUUCCAACCUCACCGGUGGUCAGAGUGUUGGGUUUUUUUAAUGAGAAAAAAAUUUCUUGGUAUUUCCCAUUUCUCAUUUUUGAUUUCCUGUUUUGAAAAUGAAUCGGCAGAAUAGAUUUCGCUGUAAAUGAUAAAAACUUCAAAUGAGAGAACUAAGCCGAUAUUUGAGUUCAAAUCGAUAUUUCAAGAUGAUGGUCCUUUCAAAAUGGUUUCCGAUCGUUAUAAAACUGUUGUUCAGGCACUCUUGUUCAUGUUCCAGGAAGAAAAAAGUUGAGAACUCUCUCAGCUGGGGACAGGGAACCCGUGGAAAAAGGCGAGCAGGCCAUUUUCAGGCCAAUUUUGGGUUCAAAAUGAAAUUUCGAGAUGAUGGUCCUCUCAAAAUGGCUUCCGAUUGUCCUCAAUCUUCAGUUCAGAUACUGUAAUCCAUGUUUCAGGAGGAAAAAAGUUGAGAACUCUCUCAGCUGGGGACAGGGAACCCGUGGAAAAAGGCGAGCAGGCCAUUUUCAGGCCAAUUUUGGGUUCAAAAUGAAAUUUCGAGAUGAUGGUCCUCUCAAAAUGGCUUCCGAUUGUCCUCAAUCUUCAGUUCAGAUACUGUAAUCCAUGUUUCAGGAGGAAAAAAGUUGAGAACUCUCUCAGCUGGGGACAGGGAACCCGUGAAAAAAGGCGAGCAGGCCAUUUUCAGGCCAAUUUUGGGUUCAAAAUGAAAUUUCGAGAUGAUGGUCAACCUGAAAUCAUCUCAAGUUCUAAUAAAAACCAUUAAUAGAUAUCUAAAGGUGAAAUGGAAACAAAGUUUAGAAUGGAUCUGUGAAGAAUGAGCCGUCAGGCGUCAUGGACUUCCCCCAUUUGGCCGCCGCAAGACCACGAUUGCGCGCUUUCGGGGAGAUUUUUCGAAAUGAUGGUCCACCUAGGAUUUCUUCAAACUAAUACCAGCUUGUACAGCUUCUCAUAAGGUAUCUUUUGAGGAGCUAGGAAGAAUGGAUCUCCCGGCUCAAGCUCGUGGUGGUCGAAAAACUAACUCGGCAGACGCAAAAAGUGCCGUAACUCAAAAUUUUCCCACAGUAACCCAAGAUGGUAUGUACUGUAAAAGUUUUCAAAAUUGGAUUACCUAUCGAUUGAUAUAUCACUUGUCUACUAAAAACUCUUCAAUAGUGAGAUACGCAGGUGCCUACCUGCCUACCGUAACCCGGCUACAGUAAGAGGGAAUGGCUCAAAAAGUUGGGUCCGCAUUUCUGAUGACGGACAAUUAUACUGGAUAAAGUUUCAUCCAAAUUAAAAAAUAUUUUUUUUAUUGUACCCGUUGCUUUUAAAAAUUUUUGAGAAUAACGGAGACAGCGUGUUAAGACGUUUGAAAAAACUUGAAAAAAGAUUUUUCGUCGCAAUCAGCGUCUUUUGCACACUUCGAAACUUCAUACAUCAAAAACAAGAACCAUGCAAAAAAGUUUUUUUUUUCUGGAGCCAAAAGGUCCUGAAGUAUACUUCGGAAAAUUCCUCAAAAAUUCCAACCAAGAGCUAAAAAACGUCCCUUGGUUAAUUGGAAACGUACUAAAUUUUUUUCUGGUCUCUUUUUUUAUAUUCUUUCUGAUCGUCUCCACUUUCUACUGAUCUCAGUUUUUUUACGCUUCAUUUUUAGGUGCGAGGACAACCCAGACGGUACAAUCACCUUGCACUACUAUACAGGACGGCCUGGAUUAUAUCCUAUUGUUAAAGGUUCAUAUAUUCCUAGAGCUUUCAUGUUUUUCAUCAAACUUCUUCUAGGAGUUCUCCGUGAAGCCGCCAAACGUGUGUUCAAACUCGAUGUUUCACUGUCCAUCACUGGUUCGUUCUCCAUUUCCCUGUCUCUUCUUGAAAAGAGAGUUUUGUAGGCCGAACUCAGAGAUCAGUUCAAAUGGCGACUGGGGAAAGAAUUGAAGAGCAUGUCAUUUUUUUGAUCAAAGUGAGUGCGCAGAAAUUUGAAAAUUUUGAAAAUUUCCAUAAAAAAAUGCGAAAAUUCAAAAUUAUAGACCCAAAACACGACUCAGUCGAAUGAAGAUGCUCUCGGUACAGCAGCGGCUCCUAUCAACAAUAAUUACAAUAUCAGGUUAAUAAGUUUUGUAUAAUUAAAUAAAAUCUCUUAGAAAGCUUCUUCAGCUGAAAUUCUCAAGAAAACUGCAAAUAUCAGUUAUAAGUGGUGUGAAGAUGGUUUCUCUUUAUGUGAAACUUUUUAAAAACUUUUCAUUAAAGUUUCAAUCCAAAAUCACAUUUCCUGUUUUCAGGCUCACCCACCACGACUUCAUCUCCACAUUCCCCUAUCAUUUUGUCGUUGAUCAAGACUGCAAAAUUGUUCAAGUUGGCAAGGAACUAUAGUAAUAUUAACUUUUCCUUCCAAAAAAAAGGCGGAUUUAUAGUAACCACGUUCCUCGGGACCUUCUUGUAGUCGGGACCCCGUUGAUGAGAAUUUUCGAAGUGACACGACCUCAAAUCCCGCUGGAUUUUGACAACAUCUGCAAUUUCAUCAAUGCCGUUUUCGUUCUUCAGGUAUUUUGUAGGGGAGAUCAUGACCUCAUGAUCAAAAUUUUGAGGUUAAAACGACGCCUAUGGAGUUCCGCCGCAGCAAUAAGAGAGCCAAUGUUGAUUGGUGAGUUGUUGUGAUUUUUGACGAUUUUUGACGUUUUGUAGCCUAAAAAAAUUCUCCUAAAAAAAAUUUGUGUAUGGGUUUUGAACUCCGAGAACUGUGCUUUGUUUGGAUAUCGACAAGAACUUUCGAAAAUCUAAGAAAACUUUUGGCUUAUAAAAUUGAAGCAUCUCUGAUAUUCAAAGUCAAGAAGUCGAUUUUCAAACUUGAAAGUACCCCAGAGCCUCUAGCUCAAGGAAAUUACCACCUAAUAGUUUAACAUUGCAAAGCAUUUUCCAGCCAACCCACGGAGCAAGAGCCUCAACAAACGACUGGCAGUCAGCAUCUCAAGCUGAAAGGUCAAAUGAUGCUGAUGGCAAGCGGUAAAUAUUCUCUCAAUAUUCCUGCCCCUCAAAAGUCCACGGGAUUGUUUUCCAGGCAGCCACAUAAUGUACUUGUGCUCGCCCUACGUGACGUCAAUCCCCGAACUUCUGCAGUAUGGAAUGCGUCUGACGGCCAUGCCCCUGCAUGACGCGACCAGAGACUUGAUUCUGCUGAAUCAGCAAAGGCUGUCGGACGUCGAAAUGAAGUUUUUUUCAUCCAGAAUUUUCUCAUUAGGUGCCUAUUUGCAGCCUUCAACUCGAGGCUAAUAAUGAACAAUUGGAGAACAUGGCCAAGGAUUUGGAGGUGAGAGGGAAAGGUGGAAAAAUGAGUUCUGUAAAAAGUUGACAAGUUUUUGAUAUUUUCACAAGUCAUACUUCUCGGUAUAAACAUUAGGAUGAAGUACAAGUUCAUUAAUUGAAAAAGCCUUUCAUUGGAAUUUAAAGAAUGAAAAAGCUGAUUUUUUUAUCUGAUGAGGAAGAUGGUUGACUCUCACAAAAAACUGUAUAAAGUUGACGAUCUAUCAGGAAUAUUUUCAAAUUAAGAAAAUCUCCAGCUUCAGAACGUUUUUCCUGAAGAUGCUUGAAAAUUGUUUCGGACCUUCACUUUUAAUGAAAAAUUUCUCGAUCAGCCACUAAUUAAAAUAAAUUUCAGUGGCUCUCCAAAACUUUCAAAAUAAAGUAGCAUAGUCACAGAAGUGAAAAGGGUGCCUAAAAAUUCUCAUCAGCGCAUAUUUAAUAUAUUUUUUUCAUAAUUUCAACUCUUCAGAUAUGAAAAAAAUUACCGAGAAGCUAAUUUUCAAUAAGCUUCAUUUUUUAGGUGGAAAAAAGUGCGUAAAAAGCAAUACUGGAACUUGGUAGAUCUUUCAGAUCGAAAAAGGGAAAACCGACGCUCUUCUGCGUGAAAUGUUGCCUCCAACUGUUGCUCAUCAACUCAAACAAGGGCUCAGCGUGGACGCCAGUGAGUAAUCAAAGAAAAAAACAUUCUGUUUAGAAAUCAACCGAAAAGGUGGAAAAAAAUGGGAAAUGAACGGAUUUGCGCAUACCCUGCAUUGGCUAGAGAGCAUAGAAAACGUGGAGAGUUUGUCUCUGAAAGUUUUCUAUAUAUUCCUUGUUUCUCAAUAAGUUAAUACACUCACCACUCACACCACGUAUUUUGCAACUUUUUAGGAGAAGUCCGAAAAGUCUGAAUAUUAAGACCAAAUCUGUUACUUCAAAGCCCAUACGUUUUCAGGAGAAUACGAAGAAGCGACAGUGAUGUUCACUGAUGUACCAACUUUCCAGCAAAUCGUUCCCCUCUGUGAACCAAAAGACGUUGUUCACUUACUCAAUGAACUCUUCACCAAGUUUGACCGUCUUAUCGGUUUACAAAAGGUGAGAGAAUAUGUUACUUUCCUGUUUCAAGCGAACAAUUUGAAGGCCUAUAAAGUGGAGACCGUCGGAGAUAGCUACAUGUCUGUUGGUGGCAUUCCUGACGUUGUGGAGGAUCAUUGCGAAAUAAUCUGCCAUUUGGCGAUGGGUUCGUUGAAAAAAGAGUUUUCGUACAUUUUCCCAUUUUCAGGAAUGUUGAUGGAAGGAAAAACGGUGUGUGAUCCAAUCACUGGAAAUGCGCUUCAAAUUCGAGCUGGAAUUCAUUCCGGGCCGGUUGUCGCUGGUGUCGUUGGAGCGAAAAUGCCGCGGUCAGAACUUUAUUUUUUUUUAAUCGUCAGUUUUCACAGGAUUAUUUAAAAUAGUUUUUUUCUCCUUCUGGAAUAAAAAAUUCAAAUACCAAGCUAGAAAAUGCAUUUUUUUUGUCAAAAGUUGUCGCAUGAGAUUCCGUCAUAAAAAUUAAUUUUUGGGUGGUUCAUUUUGUGUCCAACGUUUCAAAUGUUUCAAAAUUCACAUGACGUUGCUGAAAAGCAUUUUUAACCGAUCCUAUUUUUUGGAAUAUCACAACCAUCCUCAAAAUGAUCGAAAAACAUUCCAGAACCAAGUUAUCAGACCCACAAGUGUAGAAAUCCGCUAAAUUAUAGAGCCAUUUGAUUUUCAAGUUUUUUUCCACUGACGAGAUUUCCUCCAACUGCCGCUCGUUUGAUGCGAAAAUUACUUCAGAUGUUCCUAAAUUUCUAUCUAAGAGUAUUGAUAAACUUGCAAUAUUUUGACUAAUAAAAUUAUAUUCAAAGCCUGUGUAUACCGGCCCAAAAUGAAUGAAACUAUUUUCAGAUACUGCCUCUUUGGAGACACUGUGAACACGGCCUCCCGUAUGGAAAGCCACAGUCCGAUUGGUCGUAUCCACUGCUCGGAAAACGCCAAAAUGUAACUUUUCUCUGCUUUCCACUCGAAAGGUUUUUAUAUUUCAGUUGCGCCGAAAGAACAGGAAGAUUCGAGUUUGAGGGCCGUGGAAAAGUCCCAAUUAAAGGAAAAGGGGACAUGAACACCUACUACCUUAUGCGCAGCUAUAAGCGAUCCGUCUGGGAGAUCAUCGAUCGGAAGAGAGGUGAGACAAUAAAUUUAUUUUGGAGUUUCAGGAAGGUUUUAUAGUCCUACUAGAUUGAAAAUGAAGUUAUGACAGCAAAACGGAAACAUGGUCAUAAUGAGCUUAAAGUACUCUGGCAGCUUUUGCAAAUUGACUGAAGAGAAAACCGAUAAACAUAAAAAAAGAUUAUUUUUUCUUCCUAGCCACUGAAAUCAACCUUUUUCGGGGCAUGAAUUAUAGUGAGAAUUUUCAUGUUACAACCAAAAAAAACCUUUUUUUAUUUCAAAAUUGAUCACCAACUUUUCUGACUUCAACUAGACUGAAGUCAAUAGGGCAGUUUCCAAUUCGACUCCAACUUGAUUAUUUUUAUAAUUGCCUAUUUUCCAGACGAAAAUAUCCAGUCCAUUGAUGGCUACACGGAGCUCCGCGAAGGUUUUGUCGAUGACGCCGUAAACAAAGUAAUUCAGAGGCAGUCCAAAACUUGCACUGUUCUUUGA